AUGGGUGGAGCUUCAGCUAAGACUUAUAUGGGAUGGUGGGGUAGCAUAGGCUCGCCCAGGCAGAAGGGUGUUACAUCGUACUCGGUGUCGCCAUAUGCCCAGAAGCCUUUGAACGGUAUUUACUACAACGCUGUUUUCAACACCUUCAGAAGAGUCAAGUCUCAGUUCCUGUACGUGGCCAUUCCAGCCGCUUUGUACUGGACCUGGUGGGUCAACUGCAGAGACUACAACGAGUAUUUGUACACCAAGGCCGGUAAGGAAGAACUUGACAGAGUCAACGUGUAA